AUGGUGGCACUCACGUCGUGUCUGGUGGUAGCGGACUGUGAGUGCGGGUUUAUCGCGCCGCGGAAUGGAUAUCUGAAUGACGACUUGUUCUUUACCAAUAUGAUGGAAAGCAAGUUCUUUGAGAUGAAAGACAUUUCGCGGGACGGCACGUGGAGGCGGCAGCAGUACAACGUUUCGGCGAGGGCUGGAAGAGGCGAGUACGGCAAGGCGUUUGCUCCUGACAAUGUUUUCACGAUUGCUGAAGACGGUGAUGCCACGGAGAGUGCUGAUUCGAGCUCAAUUGGUGGUGAUGGGAUUGGGCUGGUGGUGGGCAGCACAGUUAUGAAUGAGGCUAUUCCGGUGGCGGAGCUGGACUCGGCGAGAAAUGACAUGCACUACGGCUCGUAUCGCGCGGGCAUGAAGCUGACGGCCGUCAAUGGCACCUGCGCAGCCUUUUUCUGGUACUUCAAUGACACCCAGGAGAUUGACAUGGAGUUUCUGUCGCGAGAGUUUGACCCCGUGAAGAAGAUCUAUCCCGUCAACCUCGUGAUCCAGUCGGAAGCGUCGCGGAAGGCGGGCUAUGAUGCGUCCAAGACGGGCACCUUCAAGGUGGUCAACCUCACGUUUGAUCCCACGAUUGGAUUCCAUGAGUAUCGCUUCGACUACCUGCCAAGUCGAGUCUUAUUCUACGCCGACAGCAAGCUGCUGGCCGAGAUGAACGGAACGUCGGUGCCUUCUGGUCCUGGCCACAUCAUUCUGCAGCAUUGGAGCAACGGCAAUCCCCUGUGGUCUGGAGGCCCUCCCACGGAAGACGCCGUCCUCACUGUGAGCUACGUCAAGGCAUACUUCAACUCUUCCAACGCAAUUAUUCAAGAAAGCGCGGCUGAAAGCUGUCGAAGGGCACGCGGCGACGGUUCGGAUAGCAGUAACAAUGACAGGGUGUGUACGAUUGCAGACGUGACGGCAGCAAAUGCCAGCACAGGAGGCACCUUUUUCAACACGAGUGAUCCGAAUAAGCCAAGCAGUGGUGGAGGAGACGAUGAGAGCGGCGCAGUUCGUCUAGGCAAGACGGGGCAGACGAUGGCGAGUGUGAUGUUGCUGGUGCUGAUGAUCGCAUGCUUGUGA